AUGAAGGAAGCGGCAAGAAACUAUAGCACGGUGUACCCUGAAGCAGCAGAGGCCAUCGUAUUUGAUACGUAUGUUGACGACUUCCUAUCCGGAGGUCAAAACAAGGAAGAAGCGAUGCAGUUGAGAGCCCAGGUCGUCGAAAUACUCAAGUCAGCUGGUUUCAACUUGCGUAAAUGGUCCAGCAACUGCGCAGCGGUCCUGGAUGAAGUUGACAGAUCGGAGCAAAAUCCCGUGGACGUGAAAGUUGCUGAGCAACCGAAUGUAGUUAAGGCGCUGGGCGUUCAGUGGCGUCCAGAAGAAGACAUCUUUACCUUCCAAGUUCAUCUUCAACCGGACAGUGCAAACACCAAGCGGCAGUUGCUGUCAGACGCCUCCAAGCUGUUUGACCCAUUCGGAUGGCUGUCCCCUGUUACGGUGAGCAUCAAAAUACUUUUCCAGCAGCUCUGGCUCAGCGGGACUUCUUGGGACGAUCCACUUCCUCCUGCAAUUGAGGAAUUGUGGGUUAAAAUCAAACAGAGCCUACAUAAACUGGAACAGGUACGCAUUUCGCGUUUCGCAGCGAAUUACAACGGUAAGGUGGAGCUUCACGGUUUCGCAGACGCAUCCGAAGCGGCAUAUGGAGCGGUAGUGUACACCCGAACGAAAGAUCCGGACGGGAACAUCGUGGUGAACUUGCUAGCUGCGAAGACUAAAGUGGCACCGAUCAAACAAGUAUCGUUGCCUCGACUCGAGCUCAGUGCAGCAGUACUAUUGACUGAACUAAUUGAGCGCAUAACGGAAUCAAUAUCGCAUCUCUCCGUGGAGCAUUGGGCGUGGACGGAUAGCACCAUUGUUCUUCAGUGGCUUUCUGCGCAUCCAAGGAAGUGGAAGACAUAUGUAGCGAAUCGUACAUCGGCAGUUCUCGCAUAUCUACCUCGUGAAUGUUGGAACCACGUGAGCAGUGCGGACAACCCGGCGGACUGCGCUUCUCGUGGUUUGACUCCCGAUGAACUUCUGGACCAUCCGCUUUGGUUCCAUGGACCGACCUGGCUAAGUACGGAUGAGCAAAAUUGGAGAACAGGUCAAGAUCUUCCAGCAAACGUUCAGCAGUUACCUGAGGAGCGGAAAGUCAAGGUGAUGCAUACUGUGACACAGCAACGCAACAACUACUUCGCCGAACGGUUCAUACUCGAGCGACGUUCGGACUUCGGUCUUGUGGUUCGGUCGUUGGCGUUGUUUGCAAGGUCGUUGAAGGCUUGGAAGGGAGCGAAGUUCGACUCUGGCCUCACACCGGAAGAACUGCAGGUGAUAAAAGCAAAGCUAGCGCGAAUGGCUCAGGAAGACGUUUUCAACCGGGAAAUGGAGUUGCUAGCGAAAGGAGUUACGCUGCCGGUCAAGAACAAGUUGGCUUCAUUAUACCCAUUUCUUGAUGGCAACGGUACAAUGCGCGUCGGAGGUCGCCUGCAAAAUUCGACAUGUGAUUACGACGUGAAACACCCGAUCAUACUGCCGCGUGAUCAUCGAGUAACGGAUCUGAUGCUGCGGGAACUCCAUCAGCGUAACCUGCACGCGGGACCAACACUGUUAGCAGCUACUGUGCGCCAGCAAUAUUGGGUGAUCGGAUUGCGGACAGCGGUGCGACGGACGGUCCAUGGCUGUGUUCGUUGUGCUAGGCUCAAGGGACAAACCGCAAAUCAACUGAUGGGAUCCUUACCUGUACCUCGAGUAAUGGGAACACGAGCCUUCGUUCAUGUUGGCGUAGAUUAUGCUGGUCCUUUUGCGAUUCGAGCUUUGUGUGUCCGUGGCGUCAAAACAACGAAGGGAUACCUGGCGGUAUUUGUGUGCAUGUCAACCAAGGCGGUGCACUUGGAGGUCGCCAGUGACUUGUCAACAGGUAUGUUCAUCAGUGCUCUCAAGCGAUUCAUUGCAAAACGAGGUUACCCGAGUGAGAUAUGGUCCGAAAACGGAACGAAUUUCGUUGGAGCGGAUCGCUACCUUCAGGAGUUCCAACACGCUUUGAAUAACAACAACAAAUCAGCGGACCAGUUUUUGACCAAUGUAGGCAUUAAGUGGGUAUUUAAUCCACCUUCUGCACCUCAUCGAGGGGGCAUUUGGGAGGCGGCGGUCAAAAGCGUGAAGAGACAUCUACUUGCGGUCGUAGGAUCUGAGGCAACCACCUACGAAGAACUGUCGACGAUUCUUACCCAAGUGGAGGCGUGCCUCAAUUCACGCCCUCUUUGUGCGCUCUCAAAUCUCCCCGACUGCUAUGAUGCGUUGACACCAGGACAUUUUCUGGUUGGUCAGCCAUUAAACCUAAUCCCGGAGCCUGACGUAUCUCAAAUUCCGACCAACCGGUUGGACAUGUGGCAGCAGAUGCAUAAGCAAACAAUCGAAGUUUGGAGGCGUUGGCGUGACGAAUACUUAACCAGCCUUCAGCCUCGCACCAAAUGGCGUGUCAGCGAAGACAACGUAAAGGAGAAUCAGCUUGUACUCGUAAAGAAUGACCUAACUCCACCGGCUCAGUGGGAGCUGGCCCGAAUCAUCAAGGUACACCCAGACUCUAGUGGUAUCGUCCGUACCGUUACCCUUCGACGCGGUCAAGCUGAAUAUCUACGUCCAGUUCAGAAAAUCUGUCUCUUGCCAACGGAUUGA